UGCAAACAAUACGCUGUCUUAUCCCCGUUUGGUUUUAUGAAUGAAUGCAGACACCCCGUGAUCGGUUCCGGCCAAUCAGCAGCUCGCAAGCCUGCAGCUCUGCAGCAACAAGAGGUCACUCCGCACGCGUGGAGAGGAGACGGAGAGAAGAGCAGCCUGCAGCACCUCCACACGAGUCCUCCACGCGCACAAACAGAAGCUCCGAAGGAAGAAAAGGGGGGCGCGCCUCGUGAUUUUUUUUUUCUUCCCCCACGACAGACGCGCGCCAUGCCGCUGAAGAACACCGUGGCGGUGGAGAGACGCGUGGACCUGGCCUCGCUCUUCUGCAUGAUCGGGCGCCACGGUCCCGCCGUGGCUCUGGCCGUCGUAGCGGUGGUGUCGGUGCUGGCGGGUCUCGUCAUCUACCGGACCGUGAGGGGGAAGCGGAGGAAGGCCGCCGCGGCGGCGGCGGCGGCGGUUGCGGCCAACGCUGACGGCGGCGCGGAGGGAGACGUGCCGGUGAUCCGGGAGUCAACAGACGUGAAUGAUGAGGGCUCGUCAGACGUGAAGGAGGAUGUAGAUCUGAUUCCGAGUGAUCUCCGAGUCAGGCACCGUCGCGCUGCUGCUGAACAGACAUCUGCUCCAUAUCGCCCCGCUGAGAAUGACGUCCGAGCACCAGGCGUUGACCACGCUGCCUCAUACGGCAUGGAGGGGGACUCUCGCUGCGCAGACUUCCAUAGAAGCUACUCGAGGGACCCUAAACCGACGAAUUCUGACAAGCCAAAGCAGAGAAAGGAGGUGUCAACAACAGAAUCCCAAGAUGCUGAGGGCGGGACCACGGAAAAGGAUGUUAUUGACGAGACACCCAGACAAGAAGAUAACUUUCAGCCCCUUGGGGUUAGUGGUUGGAACGAAGAUGGUGGUCUAGAUGGUGACGAAGACCACUUGGACAAACGUUCAGCCGUCAAAUUGGACGCCACCUCUACACAGUUCAACGAGCACGUCUUUGAGAUUGAACAAAAGGGGGGAGACAGUCUUGUGUGUGACGACAAGGUCGGCGUUCUUUAUAAUGGAGCCAAUCAGGCAGAAGACAAAAUGCUGUCCGGUGGCAGCAAUAUUGCCUGCAAAGAAGAACAAGAUGGUUUGAGUGUGGCAGUCAGCUCUGCUCCCAACGGUUUGAGCUCACCCAUUACGGCCGAUAACCAUGAUGGCGGUCUUUCAGGUUCCUCAGUUUUGGCAGAAUGUGCGGAUUUGUCAUUGGAUUGCCAACCACAGAAAGAUAAUACAACUCCGUCUCUUGAUGAAGAUGAAAACCAGCCAGAAUGCGUCAGAAAUGGCCCAGCUGUGACUGACCAAGUGAACUACCCUCAUGUUCAAUCUUCCUACCAAGACCAACAAAGCAUCCAAACGGAGCGAGUACAAGAUGCUGAUACAGAUACAGCUGUGAAUGAACCUUUGGCAAUAACUGAAAAUCUGUGUAGUCCACACCUGAAAGCCAUACAUGAAGACAAACCAAUCGGCGUUGUUGAAAAGGAGACUGUGCUUGAUUCUGCAGCUGCUGGCGAUAAAACUAGUUGCACUGCACUUGUAAUGUCUGAAGUAUCUGAUCCUGACCCACAGUCCUUCCCCUUAGACCCACAAGGUGACCAAGCCAAAAAUUAUAGUGACGAUUUUACAUCCGCUCCCGACAUGCAUCCCCACUUCUGUCAAGUUGACGCGCCGUCUUUUGAGCAGUUUGAGCUGAGGGAUAUUGACAUGUCAUAUGCUGCCGUGGGGAAAGAGAGUGGAAUUUCAAGCCUGGCCGUCAGCCCUGAUGCCUUUAACGAGUAUGACGUGAUGGUUGAAAAUAUGAUGGUAUCUGCGGGACAGACGGAGGCUCAGUAUGGUCUCUAUGCCGACGAUGCAGCGGUAGAAGAGGAUACGGCCGCUAUGGUGCUCAGGCCUGACUCGUCGCAUUGCUACCAGCCAGCUAUCAGUGAGUGCGAAGCCUCGACUUUAAAUGAAUCCUUCCUAUCAGAGGAGGACAUGUUUGGCCGAGAUAUUGAGGAGAGUUACUGCAGUGCGAUUGAUCAGUUCGCGGCGCAGAUUGCAGACAGCGUUACCUGCUUCGCAAAAAAACCACCAGGCCUGAAAGCUGCUGUCCAGAGUGAAGAGAAGAUUGCGGGAGGAAAUGUUAAAAUGAAAGUGGCUAUAAAAGGGGACGAAGAGGACUAUGAAAAGACUGAAAUUAGUAUUAUGGAGGCAACUAUGGACCAUAAUGAAUGGAUCAUGGAUAAUAACUACCAAGCCUUUCCCUGGAUGACUCCAAACGUCCCAUCUUCUGCCCACGACGAUACAAAAACCUACCAGCUUCCCUCUGAAGGGUUUCAGUUCACCUCUGCUGUAGUAGACACCACUUGUACGGACGCAUCCGAUAUUCCACCUGCUGCCAAAGUCCAACCGGCUGGCACUCUUUCCCUCGUCGACCAACACGCAGAAAAUAUCAGAAAUGUCGUGGCGGUCCAGAAUGUGGACGUGACCUUUAGCAUCCAUUAUAUCACGCAAUCGCCCAACCAGACGGUGGCUGUCACGGGAGACCGAUGGGAGCUGGGGAACUGGAAGGGGUUUGUCCCGCUACAGGGAGUGGAGGACGGGCACUGGGCCACGGUGGUCCGCCUGCCCUCGGAGAGCCACGUCGAGUGGAAGUUUGUGGUGGUGGAGAAGGGCCAGGUGUGCCGCUGGGAGGAGUGUGGCAACCGCCUCCUGGACACGGGCUGCAGAGACCGACUGCUGGUGCACGAAUGUUGGGCACGCUUGUGAGGCGAGAGAAGGAAGCUGUGGCAUCGUGUCCUGAACCAGAUCGCCAAGUUUGUUUAUCCACACGAGGAUCCAAUGGAUCGCUACUCAAACGUACGUCCUAGCGAUGGUUUGGUAACUGUACGGGUCAUCAAGAGGAUUCAUGUGUUUGGUAGUCAAGGUUAGAUGAUUAUUGUUCUUUCACCAGGCCCCUGGACGUAUGUUGACCUGCACAUUUCCAAGACCACAAUAGCUGGGAUAAACUACAUCUAAUGGGGAUUUUUCUGAGACUGACAGCUGGUGAUUAAGCUGAUCUUUAAGGGAAGUCAAAAGACAAUCAUUACUUGGAAGAACUUUUUUUACUUUAUAUGGUUGUAUCUAUAAUUAUGCAAAUCGUAUCUUUUUGAGAAACGGUCACUUAAUGUAAGUGUAAAUGAGAACAAAUGCACAUAGUUCACUUUUACUACAGCAAUAAUGUAAGCAAUAACUGGUUUACUGGUGCAGGUAUUCUAAACUGUGAUAUAGUUGUAAUGUUAAUGCUGCUUGAAUCUCCUGGGACUGUGCAUGCAAUUGUCCCUGUGUUCUAGGAAUGUCUUUUUCUUUUUUUUUUUUCUUUCAAUGAAUGUGCUGUAAUGGAUCUAAAACAGCUUUUCUAGCUAUCAUUUGUUUCAUUGCCACUAUAAUCAGGUUUCUCACAGAAUGUUGUUUAUUUUCUAAUAAUCUCUGUCACAUUUUUGUUUCAGGUGAUAAUUGGUGCCUGCUAUGGUCUCUGUAUCUCAGAUCAUGGCAGUAUCUUAUGCAAAAUGAAGGUUAUAUUGCUCUUUUAUGUGAUUGAGGUGGAGUUGGUUACCAAAUAAAUAAAUCUUUUAAGUAAGUAAUACAUGGGCUUUUAGUGUGUUUAUGUAUUUUGAUUGAAUGACUGGAUGAUCUUAGGUAAUUGGGAGAAUUUGGUUCCAACAUGCGUUAAAGUGGGAGUUUCACAAAUACCUAGUAACAAAUACUCCCCUGCUGUGAAUGUACUCAAGUUGUUAAAUUAAAUUGAUCUCCACUCCAAAUUAUUUCGUUGUAUUAAAUCUUAACCAGGCAGCCCCUAUUGAGGUCAUGUUGUCUGGUUCUCUGAAUCAUUAACUGCUGUUGCAAUGAACAAACAGACCC